UGCGUGAGUGGGCCACCGCGCCGCUCUCUAAACCGCUUCUUUUCCACUGGAUUUACCUCCACUUUCCGCCCCUAAACCUGGACCUAACCCGCCUGCUCCCGGCUUUGUCCGACACGGAUCCAAACUCCCGGGAUUUACGCUCAAAAGAAACAGAAAACGACCCCAGGACAGAGAAAGCGCCGUGGAUUUAAAGCACUGGUUCUUCACUUCUCGCUCCAGGUUAAAUCCAGGAAGCUAUCAAAGACCAGGACUUCCUCAGACCGGGACUAUUUCCCAGACAAGCUGACCCAGGAUCAGUCUCAGACCAGUUUGAAGUUCUCAGAGCGGUGACAGGAGCCUAUUGUGUCAAACAAGAGGAAAUGAGAACUGCUUCCUCUGGACCAGGACUGAUAGAUGUUGGGACUGGACAUGUUUUCGUGAAGCUCUUCGGCUGGUCCUCCUCUCUCCCUCUGCUCCUCCUCUGCUCCACCAUGCCCCCACAGCCUGCCCUCCGCUCUCCCCCCAUCGCGCCGCUCUCUCUCCCCCUCGUCCUUCUUCUUCUGCUCCUGCCCUGCACCUCCUCGGUCCCCCUCUCCUCCUCGGCGGCCGACCCUGGUGGCAGGACCGUGUACCGCGCCUCGGACACCUCCUUCACUCACCUCACCGUCCACGCCAGAACCGGUGAAGUUUACGUUGGCGCGGUGAAUCGGGUGCUCAAGCUCUCCACCAAUCUGACGCUGAGAAGUCACAUGACCGGCCCCGUGGAAGACAACAACAAGUGCUACCCCCCUCCCAGCGUCCGAGCAUGUGCACACAGGUUGGACUGGUCUGAUAAUGUGAAUAAGCUCCUGUUGGUGGACUACAGCGGUGACAGGCUGGUGGCGUGUGGGUCCAUAUGGCAGGGUGUGUGCCAGUUUCUUCGCCUGGACGAUCUUUUCAAACUGGGAGAACCACACCACCGGAAAGAGCACUAUCUCUCUGGAGCCCGCGAGGCCGACGGCAUGGCAGGUGUUGUUGUGGGCGACGAGGACCUGACCUCUGACCCCCGCAGGAAGAGGCCGGUCAAAGGCGGAAGUCGACUCUUCAUCGGCGCCGCCAUCGACGGGAAAUCCGAAUAUUUCCCCACGCUGUCCAGCCGCAAACUAGUAUCAGACGAGGAGAGCGUAAACAUGUUUUCUCUGGUCUAUCAGGACGAGUUUGUCUCCUCUCAGAUCAAAAUCCCGUCUGAUACUUUGUCCUUGUAUCCAGCCUUCGAUAUUUACUACGUCUACGGUUUCUCCAGCCGCUCCUACGUCUAUUUCCUGACGCUUCAGCUUGAUACGCAGUUGACGCAGAUGGACGCUGGUGGAGAGAAGUUUUUCACCUCCAAGAUCGUCCGAAUGUGCUCCAAUGACACUGAGUUUUAUUCGUAUGUGGAGUUUCCGCUGGGCUGCACCAAAGACGGGGUGGAGUACAGGCUGGUGCAGGCCGCCUUCAAACAGAAACCAGGCAGGAAGCUGGCCCAAGCGCUCGGGCUGAGGGAGGAUGACGAUGUGCUGUUUGUGGUCUUUUCACAGGGUCAGAAGAACAGGUCUAACCCGCCCAGAGAGACGGUCCUGUGCCUGUUCACGCUCCAUGACAUCAACCUGGCCAUGAGGGAGAGGAUCCGCUCCUGCUACCGAGGGGAGGGGCGCCUGUCUCUGCCCUGGCUGCUCAACAAGGAGUUGCCAUGUAUACACACGCCAAAGCAGAUUGGAGAUGACUUCUGUGGCCUGGUGCUGAACCAGCCUCUGGGGGGGCUGCGUGUGAUCGAGGGGCAUCCACUGUACGAGGACCGCACCCAGGGCAUGGGCGCUGUGGCCGGGUACACCUACGGAGACGACACGGUGGUGUUUGUGGGCACCAGGACCGGACAGUUAAAGAAGAUCCGUGUGGACGGCGUGUCAAAUUCCCAGAAUGCACUGCUGUACGAGACUGUGAACGUGGUGGAGGGGAAGCCCAUUCUGAGAGACAUGGUGUUCAGCCCCGACCAUCGCUUCAUCUACCUGCUCAGCGACAAACAGGUGAAUCGUUUACCUGUGGAGUCAUGUGACCAGUACGAUAACUGCUCCGAGUGUCUGGGCUCCGGAGACCCACACUGCGGCUGGUGUGUCCUCUUCAACAAGUGUUCAAGGCGAGAGUCAUGUGACAAGUUUGAGGAGCCUCAGCAUUUUAACACCCGACUGGACCAGUGUGUGGACAUGUCUGUGUCUCCCAGCAACAUGUCCGUCACAUCUCCGCCCACUCAGUUGACGAUCCGUGUGCAGAACGUCCCUGCCCUCUCGGGGGGCGUGUCCUGCGUGUUCGACGACAUCACUGAAACCCCCGGUGACGUCACAGCUCGACUCGUCACCUGCAUGUCCCCGUCUCUCAGGGACCUCUCCCAGCAGUACGGAGAGAAGCGAGUGGUGAAGCUCAGCCUGAGAUCCACAGAAACUGGACUCAAGUUUAUCUCCACAGACUUCAUCUACUACAACUGCUCCGUACUCAACUCAUGUACUUCGUGUGUGAGCAGUGAGUUCCCGUGUCACUGGUGUAAAUAUCGGCACAUCUGCACCAAUAACCUGCAGGACUGUUCGUUCCAGGAGGGGCGGGUCAGCAGUAUGGAGGGCUGUCCUCAGAUCCUUCCAGCGGGCGACAUCUUGGUGGCAGCAGGAAUGGUGCGUCCGAUCACUCUGAAAGCCCGUAACCUGCCCCAGCCUCAGUCCGGACAGAAGAACUACGAGUGCGUGUUCCACAUCCAGGGCCGAGUCCAGAGGAUCCCCGCUGUGAGGUUCAACUCCUCCUGCAUCCAGUGCCAGAACACAUCGUACUGGUAUGAAGGAGAUGAAGUGGGGGACCUCCCUGUGGACUUCUCCAUUGUGUGGGACGGAGACUUCUUUAUCGACAAACCUGUCUCAAUGAAAGCCCUGCUGUACAAGUGUGAGGCACAGAGGAGCAGCUGUGGGCAGUGUCUCAGAGCGCCCCCUGCCUUUGAGUGCGGGUGGUGCAUGGAUACCAGGAAAUGCCUUCUGAAGCAGCACUGUCUUUCUCCUGAGCUCAACUGGAUGCACCACGGACGACACAAUCUACGCUGCAGUCACCCGCGCAUCAGCCGGAUCGAGCCUCUGACUGGACCCAGGGAGGGGGGCACUCGCGUGACCAUCGAGGGGGAGAACCUGGGGCUGCAGGUGAAGGAGAUCUCCCACGUGCAGGUGGCGGGCGUCAGGUGCACCCCUGUCCCUACACAGUACAUCAGCGCUGAGAGAAUCGUGUGUGACAUGGCUGAGGCUUUACUCCCCCACUCCCCUGGGGGUCCCGUGGAGCUUUGCAUUGGGGUUUGCAGCGCGGAGUAUAGGACCCUCUCCACUCAGACCUACUCCUUUGUUAGCCCCAGCUUCAGCCGAGUGCGCCCGGAGAUGGGGCCUGUUUCUGGAGGAACACGGCUCACAGUGACCGGCCGACACCUGGAUGCUGGGAGUGCAGUAAACGUCUACAUCCACAAGGAAGAGUGUCUAUUUGUCAAACGGACCAAUCGUGAGAUAAUCUGCAUAACCCCCGCCUCCCUCCCCGGCACCGGCCCCGCCCCAAUCCGCCUGAUGAUUGACAGGGCAGAGGUCACCAACCCGGAAACGAAAUACAUUUACACUGAGGAUCCCACCAUCACCAGCGUCGAGCCCAACUGGACCAUCCUCAAUGGGAGUACAGUGAUCACAGUGACCGGGACAAAUCUAAUGACCAUUCAGGAGCCCAAAGUCCGAGCCAAGUACGGAGGAGUGGAGACUAGCAAUUUCUGCACAGUGGUGAAUGACAGCACCAUGACCUGCCUGGCUCCUGGUUUAAUCUACACUAAACCCACCCCACCAGAGGGGGCGCUGCAGCCCGAUGAGUUUGGGUUCAUAUUUGACCAGGUUUCUUCUCUGCUGGUGUUAAACUCGACCUCCUUCACUCACUACCCUAAUCCGACCUUUGACCCCCUCGGUUCUUCUGGGAUCUUGGAGGUCAAACCAGGCUCACCUAUUAUACUCAAGGGUAAAAACCUGGUCCCUCCAGCUCCUGGGAACUCUCGUCUGAAUUAAGUUCUGAUCGGAGAGUCCCCCUGUGUCCUCACUGUGUCUGAGAGCCAGCUGCUGUGUGACUCACCCGACCUCACCGGAGAACACAAAGUACAGAUCCUGGUUGGGGGUCUGGAGUACUCCCCUGGGACCCUCCACAUCUACUCAGACUCCGCCCUGACUCUGCCCGCCAUCAUCGGGAUCGGGGCCGGAGGCGGCGUCCUGCUGAUUGCCAUUAUCGCCGUCCUCAUCGCGUACAAGAGGAAGACCAGAGACGCUGACCGCACGCUCAAACGCCUGCAGUUACAGAUGGACAACCUGGAGAGCCGGGUGGCGCUAGAGUGCAAGGAGGCAUUCGCAGAGCUGCAGACCGACAUCCAGGAGCUCACCAACGACAUGGACGGAGUCAAAAUCCCGUUUCUGGAAUAUCGCACCUACACCAUGAGAGUCAUGUUCCCGGGAAUCGAGGAGCACCCAGUCCUCAAAGAGCUGGAUUCCCCUGCUAACGUGGAGAAGGCGCUGCGUCUCUUCUCUCAGCUGCUCAACAAUAAGAUGUUCCUGUUGACCUUCAUACACACUCUGGAAGGUCAAAGGUCGUUCUCCAUGAGGGACCGGGGGAAUGUGGCGUCUCUGCUCAUGGCCGCUCUGCAGGGUCGAAUGGAGUACGCCACAGUGGUUCUGAAGCAGCUUUUGGCCGAUCUGAUCGAGAAGAACCUGGAGAACAGGAACCACCCCAAACUACUGCUCAGGAGGACGGAGUCUGUGGCUGAAAAGAUGCUGACGAACUGGUUCACCUUCCUCCUGCAUCGCUUCCUCAAGGAGUGCGCUGGAGAGCCUCUGUUUAUGCUGUACUGUGCCAUAAAGCAGCAGAUGGAGAAGGGCCCCAUAGACGCCAUUACAGGAGAGGCUCGCUAUUCUCUCAGUGAGGACAAGUUAAUACGACAGCAGAUCGACUACAAACAACUGACCCUGAUGUGCAUCCCUCCGGAGGGCGAGGCUGGUACUGAGAUCCCAGUGAAGGUGCUGAACUGUGACACCAUCACUCAGGUCAAAGACAAACUCCUGGACACUGUUUACAAAGGAAUCCCCUUCUCCCAGAGACCACAGGCAGACGAUAUGGAUCUGGAGUGGCGCCAGGGCCGUCUGACCAGGAUCAUUCUUCAGGACGAAGAUGUUACAACUAAAAUCGAGAGUGACUGGAAGAGACUCAACACUCUAGCACACUACCAGGUGACGGACGGUUCUCUGGUGGCUUUAGUUCAGAAACAGGUCUCUGCCUACAACAUCGCCAACUCCUUCACCUUCACCAGAUCCCUCAGCCGAUAUGAGUCACUGUUGCGGACGUCGAGCAGUCCAGACAGCCUCAGAUCCAGAGCUCCUAUGAUCACACCAGACCAGGAAACGGGUACAAAACUGUGGCAUCUGGUGAAGAACCAUGAACACACUGACCAGAGAGAAGGAGACCGGGGCAGCAAGAUGGUGUCCGAGAUUUACCUCACGAGACUACUGGCUACAAAGGGGACGCUGCAGAAGUUUGUGGACGAUCUGUUUGAGACGGUGUUCAGUACGGCGCACCGAGGGUCAGCGCUGCCCCUCGCCAUCAAAUACAUGUUUGACUUCUUAGACGAGCAGGCGGACAAACGGCAAAUCACAGACCCCGACGUACGGCACACCUGGAAGAGCAACUGCCUGCCUCUCCGGUUCUGGGUUAACGUGAUCAAAAACCCUCAGUUCGUCUUUGACAUCCACAAGAGCAGCAUCACAGACGCCUGCCUGUCUGUGGUGGCCCAGACCUUCAUGGACUCCUGCUCCACCUCAGAACAUCGACUCGGCAAAGACUCACCCUCCAACAAACUGCUGUACGCUAAAGACAUCCCCAACUACAAGAACUGGGUCGAGAGGUAUUACCGGGACAUAGCAAAGAUGCCCAGUAUUUCAGACCAGGACAUGGACGCCUAUCUGGUGGAACAGUCCCGUCUCCACGGCAACGAGUUCAACACUCUGAGCGCGCUCAGUGAGCUCUACUUCUACAUAAACAAGUACAAGGAAGAGAUCUUGACGGCGUUGGACAGAGACGGAUACUGUCGCAAACACAAACUGAGGCACAAACUGGAGCAAGCCAUUAACCUGAUGUCAGGGAGCAGCUGAGAGAAAGAGAGAGCGUCAUGAACUGAGAGCCCUCGGACUCACAGGGACCCCCCCUUCAGCCCCCCCUCCAGGAGCUUUUCUGAACUGCAUCUGACCACUGCUCAGCCAGACCUUCAUUAUUUAUUCCCUCUGGUUUGGCUGCUUGUCGUGGUCAGCUGGACCCUCUACCUCCUUUGGUGGUAUUUGGGUUCAAACACGACUUUGAAGAAACUUCAGACUUUGAAGUGGAAUUUACUUCAUUUUAAACCUGGGUUCAGGUUUGAAUUACUCCAGAUGUCACGCCGGGAUCCACACAAACGGGAUUUGGAUCUCAAUCUAAAACUGGAACGAAAAUACAUCAGGAAUCUACAGAAAUGCAUUUGAGGAGCUCACCUCAGGAUCAACAGCUUUGGUUUGGAGUUUGAAACGAUACAAGGUCGAGUGAAAUUAUUUUAAUCGGUACUCUUCACAUUUGUAAGGACCAACCUUCUGUGACGGUGAAAGUCUGUAGUAGCAACACACAAAUCGAGAAAGAGACUUGAGUUACGUCGUGAAAGAUUUGACACUGAAUUUCACCGUUCUCAUCGAUACAUUUUUAGAUUUUCCAGGGUUUUGUUUUGCCUUUACUCCUAACCUUCUGAAAUUAUCGUUAAACUUGACUCCACUGAUUGUCCCGCUCUUGUCUCUGUUGCUACUCCAGAAGCUUAAACCCACAGAAAGUUUCUUACAGAUGUUGAAACACAAACUUAGACUCAACCGGAGACAGUUUCAGUUUAACAGAGGAGGAGGAGGAGUUUUUGCUGUUUUUUGAGAGCCACUUUUUUUCUCUGGACAAUCACAGCCACAGCACACUGAGCCCGAUGCCUAAACCGACCUGUUCCUGUGUCCAUUUUAUCAAAGCGACUAUGGUUUCUACUAAAAUCAUUUUAUUUAUUUUAUUAGUUUUUAAAAUGUCACUUUAGAUUUUUUUGCACCAACAGGGAUUAAUCGAUUGAAUGUAUGAGAAAAACUUUGAGCAGAUCCAAGAACAUCGCCCGACAUUAUAGUUUUAGUUUUGCACCAGUGAUAAUAGAAGAUAAUAAUAGAAUAAUUAUGUCAAUAAAAGUAAACGGACAUGUCUAAAAUGAACAAAAUACAAUAGAAAUAGAGAAUAUAUUGCAGUAAUUUUUGGAGAACUUUCAAUAGACUGAGCUCUAGUCCCAGAUUCUAUUCGAAGUUGCUUUAUUUUAGAUUCACUUCUGUUUACAUAUCUCAAACAAUAUUAAUGACUUCUGUAGUAAAUGAAUCCUUGUUGGUGCUCUCUUUAAAAUUUCUUUCUACAUUUUCUAAAAUUUGAGCCAUUUUCUAAACUUCUCAUUGCCUUUAGUAUUUUGAAUACCCAUGCGUCACACUUGGCCUGAGCUUUUGGCCAAUAGAAUCUUAAGUAACGUACUGCCCGACCAAUCGAGACUGUGGAAACUUCGCGAGUAAAAAACGCGGAAAAUGAAUUUUAAAAAAUCGUUUAAGCUAGUUUUUAAAAUACAUUCCAGCAGAGGCACACUGACACUCAGAUCUGUAAAUAAUACCAGAGAAAUAUCCUCAAUUUUUCAAACUUUUCAUUUUUUUUUUGCAAGAAUUCUGGACUUUUUUCUGGCACCGUUCACAAAGCUCUUAGUUUUUGUUUUUGGUGAAAAUGGCUUUAACAUGGGACUGAAUAAACAGCCAUGAGGCUACAGGUGCCCAGGAAGGACAAAAGUGAAGAAAAUCCAAUACUGUGCAAAGCUACAACAAGACUAGUGCCAUGUACAAACAUCCGGAUCUGAACCGGAUCUUUCUGGACCAAAAUAUUUCCAGGAUUUCACUUAUAAAAAUCCCUGGAUUUGACAGACUGUGGCCAUAAUUGUAAAAGAGACUUUGAAAAAAUGAAAGAUAAUAAUAAUAAUGUAUGGAAAAAAUAACAAAAAAAUGCAAUUUAUCGUAAUAAAAUGUUGUGGAUUUGAAAGAUUUUACGGGACUUGUACAAAGCUACAUCUUCAUCCCAUUUGUUGGAGAAAGGAGAACCACUCAACUUUUAUGAGAAAAAGGUCAUGGAUUUUUGCCAAACAGAAGCAACAUUAUGACGGAUGGCUGAACUUGGACGGUGGUGUCUGGGAGCGAUUCAAAUUCUAAGUGUUAUUUGUGCAGAGAGGCCAUUUUGUUCAAAGCUUUUUCACACUAAAUAAGGCCAAGACAAGUUUACAACAGUCUGAAGUGGGCUCAAAACGUGUUGAAAAGUGACCAAAAUGACAACUGUACCACGUGGAGGCAGAAUAUUUUCACUUCAACUACUGAUAAAGGAAUCAUUUAAAGCGCCCGUGUUAUGAUAUUUUCUGAUCUGUUAUAAUGUUGAUUCCUCGUCUAAAACAUGCCUGGAGUUGUGGUUUGCUUCAUUGAAACGUGUUGAUGCAUACACAAGUUCAUCUCUCAAAUACAGGAAGUGCUCCAUUGUGUUUUUAUACUCCACACACAGUCACUAGAAUCACUUGGAUAAUUUCAGGCUUGGAAUUGUCAAUUUCUACUGAACUAAAGGUAAAAAGGAGCUGUUAACUUGAAAAUUACCACUAUAUGACAUCAUAAGGUGGAACAGAGCAUUUUGAGCUUUGAACAUGUAGAAAACCAGGGGUGUAUAUAAAAAAAUAACAAAUAUAAAAUGGCUACAACUUAAAUCAGUCAAACCAGAGCUGUUGACAAUGAUGAAAACAAACUGCAUAGGCUCAUGAUAUCUGCAGUACUGUCCUGUAGUGACCUGAGGGACCAGGACUGAACCAGGACUAAACCAGGACUUGAGAGCGAGAAACUCCGAGCCUGUGGAGCAGGGUGUCUGCAAAAUGCGAUCGGGCGACGGUUGUGCUUAGCCCUGUUGGUUACAGAGUUCUGCAUCAGUCCUUUCUCCUGCGAUCACCCGACGGUCUACACGGGCCCAUCCCAACACUCAGUCCUGGUUCAGUCCUCGUUCAGUUCUAGUUUAGACCUGGUUUAGUCCUGGUUUAGUUCUGGUUCAGUUUUGGUUUAGACCUGCUUUAGACCUAGUUCACACCUGGUUCAGACCUGGUUUAGACCUGGUUUAGUCCUGGUUUAGACCCAUUUUAGACCUAGCUUAGUCCUGCUUUAGUCCUGCUUUAGACCUGGUUCAGACCUGGUUCAGACCUGGUUCAGACCUGGUUCAGACCUGGUUUAGUCCUGGUUUAGACCUAGUGUAAUCCUCCUGGUUCAGUCCUGGGAUCAGUCCUGGUCCCUCAUGUCUCAGGUCACUAUAGGACAGUCCUGCAGAUCUCAUGAGCCUGUGCAGGUUGUUUUUUGUUUUCACUGUUGCCAGCAGCUCCUGGUUUGACAUUUAAGUUCGUGUUCCCGCACUUUAAAAAAAUCCCCACUGCACGACUGCAGACAACCUAAUAAAAAGGAUUAAUUAAACAUGUGUGAAUGAAACAAAACACAACUCCAGAUCUGUUUUUGACGAGGUAACAACAUUAUAACAUGGUUUAAAUCUCACAAAAGUCAAAUUCACGCAAGAUGGGACCUUUAACUUAAGUCCUUUGUGGAUUUUUAUACAUUAAAUUAUUUUGAAAUUAUGAACUGUUUGUCUAUGAAUUUGGUUUCUUUGUAGCCCGGCUUUAGAUUUACGUCUCAUUUCCACCUGCGUUGCUUCUGGUUUACUCCUGAUUUAAUUCGGUAAUUUGAAAAUCUUCUGCCUCGCUUUCGUUCGGUGGUUCUCUUUUUACGGCAACAUCAAAUUUUCAUUUUCAUUUCGCUGUCGUUUGGUAAUUUCAAUCAAACUCUUUCAUUUCAAUCAAUGUUACUUAAAAAUCAAGGGUUCUGAUGUAACAAAAUAAAAACAGGGAAAGUAGCCCCUGAUUAAAACCACUAGAGCUGAAGGAGUCUGGACCAGCACUGCGCCGUCGCCUCAACUCGAACUCAUCUGUAUUUAUUUAUUUUUUUAUUUUCACGUAAAAUUAAGACAUUAGAUAUGACCUUUUGGAUGGAUCCUGGUUAAUAUUUGAUCACUGUUUGCACAUAGAGAAGAUUAAAUAAUGUAAAGCAAUAAAAACAUGUCAGCAUAAGUAACAGAAUUUGGAAAAUGAGGAACUUGUGGUUGGGUCGAACUCAUUUUUAAUCAGGUUAUAGCAAUAAUUUAAUCAGAAUUAUUUAGUAUAUCUGAACGUCCGUCGUACAACGCACCUUUUUUCGUGAUUUGUGGUUUAUUUUUUUCCUCAUUUGUUCUGGGUUUGCUCAUGUGAGGAAUGUGAGAAUUACAGCAAGAAAUCGUCAGGACUGAAGGUCAGACUAUCGUAGACAAAAGUGUGUCUGAACUGAAUUUAAAACAGAGUUAAUGUAAAAGUACGCUCCGCUUUGAGAUGCUGUUUCCUUCCUCGGCUCAUCGUGAAUCUGAAUAAUGGACGCUCAAACUCGGCUCUGGUCUCUGCUUCGGUUAAAUAUUAAAGUACGGUUUUAGGAGGCGGUCUGGUUUUAGUCUGAGUCUUGGUCUCGUAGUGGCAGGUUUACAAUCCGGUGGUCGUAUUGUUCUGGCUGAUGGUGAAGAGCUCGUUGUGUUUUAUGGUCUGUGUGUUCGGAGGUUUAUAUUUGUAUUCUACAGAGAAACAGAGCAGACCUCAGACUCUGACUCAGAAUACAGAUGAACACUGUAUAGGGUUACAUAAGACCCAUACCAGACCGGGUUUAGACCGGGUUUAGACCUGAUGUACUCUAGGUUUAGUACAGUUUUAGACUGGGUUUAGACCGGGUUUAGACCUAGUGUUGU